GUUACAGAUGCACCGUCCCCCGAAGGUCACCUCUCAGAGCAGGAACCGGAGUCACCCAAGGCAGAAAGUGACAAUGUCUUUCUCAUCAGGGCGCAAGGAUUCCCCUUCUCGUGCACCGAGGAAGACGUGCUUACCUUUUUUGAUAGCUGUAGAAUUCGAAACGGUGAGAACGGCAUACACUUCCUCUUAAACAGGGAUGGGAGACGCAGGGGGGAUGCCUUGAUCGAGCUGGAGUCGAAAGCGGAUGUCCAGAGAGCCUUGGAAAAGCACCUGCGGUAUAUGGGCCCACGCUACGUGAAAGUUUUUGAAGUACACGACAGUGAUGUGGAGGGCUUACUACGAAAUCUGCGGGAUGAGUCACAAGCCAUGAAUGAUGGAGUUGUACUACUCAGAGGCCUUCCGUUCAGCUCCACUGAGGAGGAUAUUGAAGACUUUUUCUCAGGCUUGAAAAUUACUGACAUAGUUUUCGUGUACCGGGCAGAAAGAAAAACAGGAGAAGCUUUCGUGCAGUUUGCAGCUCCUGAGAUGGCAGCUAAAGCCCUGUUACGACACAGGGAAUACAUGGGAAGUAGAUACAUAGAAGUGUACGUCAGCAGGAGGCACCACAUGCAAAAGCACAUGCCUUACGACAGGCAGAUGGCGACCUACCCCAGAGUGAGGAGAGAGCAGGAAUCCCUUUCUGAAGAAGGGGGCAUGAGCAACACGGGAGGCUCCGAUGCUGGAAGAGAAAACAAACUGUGCGAGGAAGAAAGGGAAAGCUCCAGGCACGUUUUAGAAUCUGGGAGCGUCUCAUCACCACCCCACUUUGUCCACGUGAGGGGUUUCCCUACCCAAGCCAGCGCCCAAGACAUAAUAAACUUUUUUGCUCCUCUGAAGCCCACAAGGAUGACAGUAGAAUACAACUCCCACGGAGAGGCCACGGCAGCCGACGUGCACUUUGAGAGCCGUGAGGACGCAGUGGCUGCAAUGGCUAAGGAGGGGUCGCAGCUGCGUAAAGUGCAGUGCCAUCGAACUCUUCCUGGACGGACAGCCAAAGGCAAAGGCAGACUGCUAGCGACAGCGGCACGGCCUCAGAUUUGGCCAAAGCGAGCACAUUCCGUGGGUGUGAGCGUAAAGAUCGAGUACGAGUGUCGCUGCUUGGCAUCAUGGUACCGCAGCGGUGGGGAGGGCUGGCUUCUGACUCGGUCGAGGAACGCCGCCUUCGCAGGCGCUGCAGGGCAGCUGGCUCGGGAGCGGCCCUUUGGCAAAAUCCCCGAUCGCCAGACCCGUCUGUGCCAGGCAGAACCGCCCACGCAGCUGCAGCUGGAAGCCCCUGCCUGGGGGAGCAGCAGCUCCUCACCCGUCACCUGGCCAGACACGGCCUCUCUGCAUGAGCCUGAAAGCUUCCUGGUCAGAUUUACUGACUGGGAAGCAGUGAGGGAAGCAAGAGGAGCUUAG